GAUGUGGGGGCUGCCGUGCUGGGGGAGGCUCCCCCCUCUCUGCAAGGCCAGCCUGGGGGGCCUUCUCACGGCUGCAUUCUUUCUCCUGGGCUGCUGUGGACUCUCCAAUUUGCAGCAGAGGUUUCUUCAGGCUUUGGAGCCAGUGGAGGUGGCUUCGUACCUUGGCCCGGGUUCUGCCCCCUUUGACAGCGGUCCUCCCUCCCCUCAUCUCCAGAGACAGACUCGGGCUGUGGGGAACGUCCUACACCUGGAGCUGCUCGUGGCCGUGGGCCCUGAUGUCCACCAGGCCCACCAGGAGGACACGGAACGCUAUGUGCUCACCAACCUCAACAUUGGGUCAGAACUGCUGAGGGACCCAUCCCUGGGGGCUCAGUUCCGAGUGCACCUGGUGAAGAUGAUUGUCUUGACAGAGCCUGAGGAUGCUCCAAACAUCACAGCCAAUAUCACCUCAUCGCUGCUGAGCGUCUGUGACUGGAGCAGGGCCGUCAACCCCGCGGACGACACAGACCCUGGGCACGCUGACCUCGUCCUCUACAUCACCAGGUUCGACCUGGAGUUGCCUAACGGCGACCGGAAGGUUCGGGGGGUCACCCAGCUUGGGGGGGUCUGUUCCUCCUCCUGGAGCUGCCUCAUUACCGAGGACACUGGCUUCGACCUGGGGGUCACCAUCGCCCAUGAGAUUGGGCACAGUCUCGGCCUGGAGCACGACGGCGCACCCGACAGCGGCUGCGGGUCUAGCAGCCACGUGAUGGCGGCGGAUGGCGCCGCGUCCGCCCGCCGGGGACCCGCCUGGUCCGCCUGCAGUCGCCAGCAGCUGCGGCACCUGCUCAGCGCAGGACGGGCGCGCUGCUUGUGGGACCCGCCCCGGCCGCAGCCGGAGCCAGCCGGGCUCCUGCUAGAAGCGCAGCCAGGCCUCUACUACAGCGCCGACGAACAGUGCCGCGUGGCCUUUGGCCGCACCGCCGUCGCCUGCACCUUCGCCAAGGAGAGUCUGGACGUGUGCCAGGCUCUCUCCUGCCACACAGACCCCCUGGACCACAGCAGCUGUAGCCGCCUUCUCAUCCCCCUCCUGGAUGGGACGGAAUGCGGAGUGGACAAGUGGUGCUCCAGAGGGCACUGUCGCUCGCUAGCGGAGCUGUCCCCCCUGCCUGCGGUGCACGGGCACUGGUCCAGCUGGGGGGCCCCCAGUCCUUGCUCCCGCUCCUGUGGAGGAGGCGUGGCCACCAGGAGGCGGCAGUGUAACAACCCCAGACCUGCCUUUGGAGGGCGUGCGUGUACAGGCGCUGAUCUCCAGGCUGAGCUGUGCAACACCCAGGCUUGCAGGACCAGCCAGCUGGAGUUCAUGUCAGAGCAGUGCGCCCAGACGGAAGGGCAGCCUCUGCUUCUUCCCGAAGGCGGCAGCACCUUCUACCGCUGGAGCUCGGCCGUGCAGUACAGCCAAGGGGACAGUCUGUGCAGGUACAUGUGCUGGGCCGUGGGCGAGAACUUUAUUGUGAGGCGUGGGGACAGCUUCGUGGAUGGGACCCGCUGUGUGCCGAGUGGCCCGAGGGAGGACGGGACCUUCAGCCUGUGCCUCUCGGGCAGGUGCAGGAUCCUGGGCUGUGACGGCAGGAUGGACUCCCAGCAGGUACGUGAUGUGUGCCAGGUGUGCGGAGGAGACAACAGCACCUGCAGCCCACACAACGGCUCCUUCUCGGGCGGAAGAGCCAGAGAGUAUGUGACAUUCCUCACGGUCACCCCCAACCUGACCAGUGUCUAUGUUGUCAACCGCAGGCCUCUCUUCACACACUUGGCUGUGAGGAUCCGAGGGCGGUACGUUGUAGCUGGAAACGGGAGCGUCUCCCCCAGUACCACCUACCCCUCACUCCUGGAGGACAGCCGCCUGGAGUACAGGGUGGCCCUCACCGAGGACCAGCUGCCCCACCGGGAGGAGCUUCACAUCCAGGGGCCUACCCAGGAAGACAUUGAGAUACAGGUUUACAGGCGCUACAGUGAGGAGUAUGGCAGCCUCGCUCACCCAGACAUCACCUUCAGCUAUUUCCAGCCCAAGCAGCUGCACGUGGGGAUGUGGGCCGCCGUGUGGGGGUCCUGUUCGGUGAGCUGUGGGGCAGGGCAGCGCUGGGUGACCUACGGCUGCCUGGACCAGGCCCAGAACAAGUGGGUGGAGGCUGCCCAGUGUGAAGGGAGCCCAAAGCCGCCAGAGCGAUCAGAGCCCUGCGCCCCCAUGCCCUGCCCUGCACGGAGGGAGGCAGCGGCCCCCAGCCCAGCCCUACAGAACAGGACGUGUGUCCCGCAGGCGGAAGGCCAGGAGGCUCCGGGGGAUGCUGGGCCAUGCUCCACAGAUGAGGAGCCACCUGCGCUUGCGCCCUGCUUUGGGAUGGCAUGCCACCAGGGCUGGGAUCAUGCCAGGCGCGGCCCCUUCCCCCUCAGGCCUGGCUAUGUGCGCUGCUGCCCUGAGACGUCUGCUGAGGCCGGGGCGGGCGUGCCAGCAGGCCUCUGCUGGGGCGGGCAGGCGGCUCUGCAGAAAGGCAGUGAGGAGGCAGCCGCUGGACCGGGGUGGAUGGGGGUGGAGGGCCGGGUCCUUGGGGACCUGGAGGUCCCCAGCCUGUUGCUCCCCCUGCAGCUGGAUGUGACAACUCCAGGGGAGGAAGCUCCGUCCCCACUGGGCAGUGCCGGGCCAGGAGCUCUCGCUGCACAUGCGUGGAUUCCUCUGAGUGGGCCCUGCUCCGUCUCCUGUGGCCAAGGCCUGAGGGAGCUGCGCUCUGUGUGCGUGGACCCGAUCCGUGGCACAGCAGUCCCAGAAGAGCUGUGUGACCCGGCAACCAGGCCCAGGAACCAGCGGGAGGCCUGUCAGGUUGCCCUGUGCCCCGCACGGUGGGAGACUCGAGCCUUGGGACCAUGCCCGGUGACCUGUGGAGGGGGCCAGGUGCCACUGGCUAUGCACUGUGUGAGGCCCGACCACGGUCGCACCAUCCCCCUGCCCCAUGCCAAGUGUGGGCGGCUGCCCCAGCCCCGCCCCCUUGAAGACUGCAGCCCGGAGCCCUGCCCUGCCAGGUGGAGAGCCCUGCCACCCGGCCCGUGCUCAGCCAGCUGUGGCCUUGGCACUGCCCAGCGCUUGGUGACUUGUGUGCGGCUGGACCGAGGCCUCGAGAUCGAGUUGGACGAGGUGGCCUGUGCGGGCUUGGAACGGCCACAGGCCACCAUCCCUUGCCUGCUUGCCGACUGUGCCUACCGGUGGCAUGUCAGCACCUGGACAGAGUGCUCCGUCUCCUGCGGGAAUGGCGUCCAGCGCCGGAGGGACACAUGCCUUGGACCCCAGGCCCAGGCACCCAUGCCAGCUGACUUCUGCCAGCACUUACCCAAGCCAGUGACAGUGCGGGGCUGCUGGGCCGGACCCUGUGGAGGGCAGGGGACACCCAGCCUGGUGCCCCCCAAGGAGGUUACUGUUGCAGAACAGACCACAGCUGCCACAGCUAGAGCUGCCCCAGAGCGGCCUUGGGCCCAGGCCCGCCUCCCUUCUCCAGCUCCCUGGCCUCGGGGGCUCCUGGCCAGGCCCUGGAAAAGCUCUGCAGAGUCCAGUAUCUGUGGGCGGCAGUUCCUUGAGCCGGCAGGAACCAUUGACCUUCGCGGCCCAGGGCAGGCGGAAUGCGUGGUGGCCAUCGGGCGGCCCCUGGGGGAGGUGGUCACCCUCUAUGUCCUUGAGAGUUCCCUCGACUGCAGUGUUGGGGAGACGCUGCUACUGUGGAGCAGGCUCACGUGGAGGAAGCUGUGCGGGAAGCUGGCCGGCACCAUCUUCAGCUCCCAGGCCAACACGCUGGUGGUGAGACAGCGCCGGGUGCGGCCGGACGGUGGCCUGGUGCUGCAGUACAGGGGCCGGCCUGCCCAGCACCCGUCCCACCGAGAAUGUGACAUGCAGCUCUUUGGACCCCGGGGUGAAAUCGUGGGCCCCUCGUUGAGGCCAGAUGGGAGGAGCGCAGGGGGCUGCCGGGUCUUCAUUGACGUGGCUCCACAGGCCCGGAUGGCCAUCCACGCCCUGGUCACCAACGUGGGCAUGCAGACCAAGGGGACCGAGGCCAGCUACAUCCUGAUCCGGGACAUCCACAGCCUGAGGACCUCGACGUUCCGUGGGCAGCAGUCGUUCUACUGGGAGUCAGCGGGCAGCCAGGCGGAGGUGGAGUUGAGUGAGGGCUUCCUGGAGGCGCGGGCCAGCCUGCGGGGCCAGUACUGGACCCUCCAUAGAGCGCAGGAAAAGGGGGGCCCGGCCCAGCCCUAGCUUCCUCUUCAAGCUCCUCUGUGGACGGUGCAGGGGGUGCCUUCCUCGUGCUGGAAGGGGGAUCUGAGCCAGCAAAGGGAAGGGUCCUGACGCUUACUGAACACCUGCGGCGCCUGGCCAGCCUGGAGGGGUGGGCCCUGAGGACUUACAGCUCUAACUCCCUCCAACUCAGGCGUCGCCUUGGGGUCUCCUCCAGACGUGUAAAAGGCUAGGGGGUGGGAGGCAGCCCGCAGCCCCUCCGGUACCAAUAAAAGCAUCAUUGUAAGGAUCCGCAGCCAGGGUACCAUCUUCUUCCCCUAACCUGCCCAAACAGGACUUCAGAGUUUAUCCCACGCCAAGGCGGGGGCUCCCGGGCCUCUGUCGGACCCCAGACCCAUCCCCGACCUCGCCAAGCCCUGGCCACCCCUCGCUGUUUUUUUCCUGCCCAGGGAGAACGAAAGGUGAGGGCGUGUGCAGUCAGGAUUGGGCCCCGAGGCUGGCGCACCUGUGAAUUCUCCACGUAGCUCCGCCUCUAUGCUAUUCUUAGGCGGG